AUGGUGUCACCGACAGGAGCGCACCGCGUAGCACCAGUGCAUUCCGCCGCCGGCCGCCGCGCGGGCUCCUUUUGUCCCGCUGGUUUCCAUGGUAUCCAGAGGUCCAACCCCUACUCCCCAUUCCAACCUGUAGAAGUGAGGGCUGAGGAGGCCAAACUGCCCCAACCCGCACUCCUCUUCCAUCUCGCGCGGGACGGAAAUUUCACCGGCCCAACCUCCCGCGUCCGCGCGCCCGCCCGCCGCCAUUCCGCCCCCCCGCCUCCCUCGACGCGCGCCGGCCGCCGCGAAGCUCCCCCGCCCGCGGGUCCGCGCCUCCCGCCGCCCGCGGAUCCGCGCCGCCUCGCCGCAAGCCGGGCGCCGCCCGCCCGCCCACUCGCCGUCGCCCGCCCGCCAUCGCCCUCCCCGCAUGCCCGCCGUCGCCUCCCCGCCUCCCCCGUCGCCCGCCUCCCCGUCGCCCGCCCGCUCGGCCGCGCGCUCGCCUCCCGCCGCUCGAGCCGCCGCAGCCGCCCGAGGCCGCCCUGUCGCCUCCGCCUCCCCGCCGCCCGAGCCGCCGCGCUUCGCCGCCCGAGCCGCCGCGCCUCGCCGCUCGAGCCGUCGCGCCCGCCCCGAGCCCGCCCGAUGGACACCGACGAUACGGCGUCGUUGUCCGAUGAUUCCGGUUGGUCAUCGUCGGAUGAUUCGGAUAUUGAGGAGUUGCUUCAAGACGACGAUGUCGAGAUGGUGAGCCUCCUCAUCGACGUGCAAGAGUUUGAAGACCGCAAGAAGCUGAUGGGGUCGAAGAUGGGGCGAGUCACCAUCUACCGGAACCGCGCUCUCAGCCACGAGCAAUUGAUGCACGACUACUUCGCGGUGGUACCGACAUACCCACCAUGCCUCUUCCGGAGAAGGUACCGAAUGCGUCGUUGUUUGUUCGUGAAGAUUGUCAAUGAUUGUGCGGUCGCCUCAGAUUAUUUCAAGCGUCGUAGAUCCGCUGCCGGUAUCAUGGGGUUUAGUGGGUACCAAAAGAUAUCGGCGGUAAUGCAGGUGCUCGCCUAUGGCAUACCCGCGGACUACACUGACGAGUAUCUUCGCAUUGGACAAGAUACAACCACGGAGUCCGUCCGUAGGUUUGCAAAAUUGGUCAUCCGGUUGUAUGGUGAUGUGUAUCUUCGAGCACCCAACGAAGAAGAUACAAAGAGAUUGAUGGAGAUGAAUGAAAAAAGGGGAUGGCCGGGGAUGCUUGGUAGUCUUGAUUGCAUGCAUUGGACAUGA